UAAAGUUUUGACUUUUGCGGAUAAAUAGGUGAAGAGUUUUAAAUUUCCUUUUGGAGCAAUCCUUAGUUUUACAACUCUACUAGUUUAGAACGUCAACGGCCAAAUUGGGCGUAGUCCUAGGCCCCUAACUGCUUUUCAGUGUAUUAGUCAGCCGAGCGAAUUUUGUGAUGACAUCUUCAUCAAGCACAAGCAAGGACAGAAAUCCCAAAUAUGCAUUUGAGUUAUAUGACCUGCCAUCAAACACUGAGUCAAGUGGCCCAGGGAGAACAAGUUACAUGAAAGACACAACUCAUGUUCAAGCCAGUUCAGGACCCUCAACGCAUGCCCUCACAAGUGGUGGGACGUUCAGACCUAGUACCUCUUCCUCGUUCAGGUUCUCGACUCCACGCACAUCAAGCAGUACAAAUGGACCCACCCCCGGAUCCAGGAGUUCACGACAGACUCCCUACAGGGGCUACAGCAUCAGCUCCAACACACCUGGCACGGUGCCACAGUCUUCCAUCUUAGUGGCUAUUGUUGAAGGCAGAGGUUUAGCACAAGGAGAGAUCGGUAUGGCCAGCAUUGAUUUGAAGCAGCCAGAACUUGUUCUCUCACAGUUUUCAGACAGUCAGAGCUAUGUGAAGAUUACUACAAAACUCCAAAUAUGCCAACCAGUUGAGAUCGUCAUGCCAGUCACAGCGUGCGAAGGCAGCAUGACCAAGCUCUUCAAACUCAUCACCGACAACUUCCCCAAUACCAGCAUAGCCACUGUUCAGAGGAAAUACUUCAACGAGACAAAAGGUCUACAGUAUAUCAAACAUCUGUGUGUGUCAGACUUCAGUGCUGUGGAAAUGGAAAUAACUUCAAAGUACUACUGCUUAGCCGCGGCUGCAGCCCUGUUGAAAUACGUUGAGUUCAUCCAGAAUGUUGUGUAUGCUCCUAGCUCUCUUAAGGUUGUAUUCAGAGGCAGCGAGCAAUCAACAAUGAUCGAUGCAACCACUGCAAGGAAUCUGGAGUUGGUCCAAAAUAUCAAGGACCCUAAAAGUGAGCACACGCUCUAUGGGGUCCUAAAUUACACCAAAACUCUGGCUGGAGCACGACUGCUCAGAGCUAACAUACUGCAGCCACCAUGCGCUUUGGAUACCAUCCUGCUACGGCUGGAUGUUGUCACUGAACUGACCCAACAGGAGGAACCAUUUUACAAUCUUCAAUCAGUUUUGACACGCUUCCUGGACGUGGACCAUCUCCUGUCCCUGUGCAUUCAAAUCCCCAAGCAGGAGACUGUCAAGACGGCAGAGGCCAAGAUCACCAAUGUCAUCCACCUCAAGCACACCCUAGAGCUCAUACCGCCCCUCAUGAUGGCCCUGGAAGGCUCCGAAAACAAACUCCUGCAGGCCUACUUCAAGUCCCUUGGUGAUGAGAGAUUCAAUGCUAUGCUGGAGAACAUCCACAUGGUCAUUAACGACGGAACUCGCUAUCAGAAGGGCAUCCUCAACAUGCGGACCCAGAAAUGCUUUGCUGUCAAGCCUAACAUUAAUGGAUUGCUGGAUGUUGCCAGGCGAACAUACACAGAGAUUGUGGAUGACAUAUCAGAUUUGAUCAGUCAGCUGGGGGAGCAGUACCACCUUCCCUUAAAGACCAGCUACAGCAGCAACAGGGGUUUCUUCAUCCAGCUGUACUGCGGUUCCAAGAACCCCGUCUCACCGAACUCCCUCCCCCCGAUCUUCACCAAGGUGGUGAAAGCCAGGAACACCAUCAGCUUCACCACGCCGGAUCUGAUCAAGUUAAAUGACCGCAUUCGAGAGUCACUGAAUGAGAUCUACCUCAUGACAAAUACAGUUGUGAGUGAGCUGUUGAAUGAAAUCCGAGAGCAUGUUGGCUGUUUGUAUAAACUCGCCGAGUGCGUCUCCACUUUGGACAUGCUGGUUGCUUUUGCACACGCUUGCACCUUGUCAGAAUAUGUGAGACCUGACUUCACUGACACCUUGGCCAUCAAAAAUGGUAGACACCCAAUCUUGGACAAGAUAUCUUACGAGCCGCCAGUGGCAAACAACACAUAUGCCAACGAAGAGAGCAAUUUUGUCAUAAUCACUGGUCCCAACAUGAGUGGCAAGUCCACCUACUUGAAGCAGUUGGCCCUGCUUCAGGUCAUGGCUCAGAUUGGCAGCUUUGUGCCAGUCGAGUACGCUUCCUUCCGCAUCUGCGACCAGAUCUUCUCACGCAUUGGCUGCGACGACGACAUCGAGACAAAUGCCUCCACCUUUAUGCUUGAGAUGAGAGAGAUCAAUUACAUCGUACAGAAUUGCACCAACAAGUCCCUUGUCAUCAUUGAUGAGCUUGGCAGAGGGACAAACAGCGAGGAAGGAAUCGGCAUCUGCCAUUCCAUCUGUGAAUAUCUCCUCAGUCUGAAAGCCUUCACCUUCUUUGCCACUCACUUCAUGGAGGUGGCCAACUUGGAUGUGCUCUACCCAAAUGUGGAAAACUACCACUUUGAGGUGGAACAUGGAACAGCAACCCCUAGAGGCAAGAAAAGGCUGGCUUACACCCACGUUCUUUCCAAAGGCCGCACUGAUGAGAAACACUACGGAAUCAAGCUGGCUGAGAUCUCCAACCUACCAGAACCUGUGGUGACAGAAGCCAAGAGGCUAUGCGAAACGCUGUCGCAACAGAAAAGGCAACAGCAUGUGGCCAGCCACGCGGACAAGGACCAGAGGGCGGUGUACCGUCUGGCCAACCGGCUGAUCCAAGCAGCUCGCAACUCCCGACUGGACGAGCCCAGCCUCAGGAUGUACCUAUCCAACCUCAGAUCGCAGUACCUGAAGGAUCUCCAGGCUCCCUCAGAGGAAUGACUGCAGUAAUUGAACAGGUGAAAAAGCUAUAUAUUGAUUGUAAUGACCGUUGCCUUCUUGAAAAAGCAUUAGUUUAGUUUUUAUGAAAAGUUUUCCUGGUUAUUGAAGAAGUGCAUAGUGUUUUAUUUCUUGUUUAACAUUGACACAUUGGUGGAGUUGUUCCAGCUGAUCUUUUGUGUCAUUACAAUACCUUGCAUUCUUUUUCAAUAGGAACUGCGUAUCAGCUCAGCCCCUAUCAAACUUACAUGUUACAAAACUGCUCAAGAAGAUGCAAUUAUUCUAAUUGCUAAAAAAGAAAACACAAAACAUACUUAUCUGAGGAAAGACUCCUGAAUAACUCAAACGCUUGAGGAAUUUGUCCAUUGGUAAAGUUUCCCACAUUUUGUCG